AUCGGACGUAUGCGAGAGCGGAACGAAGCGACCGCCAUCAACGAACUCUGCGCUUCGGUCCCGGAUGACUUGGCGAUACUCAUUCGGGGAUAUCCUGAAAUUUUCCCAGACGACUUGCCAAGUGGACUGCCACCCGAACGACCCCAGGACCACAAAAUCGAGCUAGAGCCCAGCACGCAACCUACUGUACGCACGCAAUGGCGCCUGACUCAGUCGGAGCUACAGGAGUUACGAAACCAGCUGGAUUACCUGCUGGCGAAAGGGUUCAUUCGGCCAAGCACGUCACCAUUCGCAGCACCAAUCCUGUUCACGCCAAAAAAGGACAGCGGACUUCGCAUGUGUACGGACUAUCGUGCCCUUAAUCGGGUAACGAUAAAAUCGCGCUACCCAAUACCACGCACGGACGAACUGAUCGACAACCUUCGCGGAGCUCGCUAUUUUUCGAAGAUAGACCUUCGCGGCGGUUACCAUCAAAUUCGGGUUUUCGCUGACGACUGCCACAAGACCGCGUUUCGUACUCGCUACAGGAGUUACGAAUACACGGUGAUGCCGUUUGGAUUAACGAACGCCCCCUCGAUAUUUCAACUCACCAUGAAUGGGGUAUUCCGCGAUCUACUCGACAAAUGCGUGAUAAUUUAUAUGGACGACAUCCUGAUCUACAGCAAGACCCGCGAGCAACAUUUGAAGGAUUUGGAAGCAGUUUUUCAACGGUUGCAGCAGCAUCGUCUCAUCACCAAGGGCUCCAAGUGCGAGUUUUUAAAACAAGAACUGGAGUUCCUGGGGCAUGUGAUCUCUACGGAGGGGAUCCGGAUAGACCCGAAAAAACUCUGGGCUAUUCAGGAAUGGAAACCACCAACCAAUCUGCAGCAGCUGCAAUCCUUUUUGGGUUUCGUGAAUUACGUGCGGCGGUUUAUACCCAAUAUGGCGGGGUUAACUGGACCUCUAACCGACCUACUGCAGAAGGGAACUUUUUACGAGUGGGAGGAGAAACAGCAAGCGGCGUUUGAGGCAUUAAAAAAUCUUUUAAUGUCGCCACCGGUACUUCGUAUCGCCGACCCGGAACGGCCUUUCGAAGUCAUCAUCGAUGCAAGUGACAUCGCAAUCGAAGCAGUGCUCAUGCAGGAUUUCGGCAAUGGGCUUCAACCAAUUGCGUACGAGUCUUGGAAAAUGCAAUCUGCUGAGCGCAACUACCGAGUACACGACAAGGAGAUGCUGGCGAUCGUCCACGCGUUCAAAAAUCUGGAGGUGCUACCUGAUUGGAGCAGACGUGACGGUGCGAACCAACCACAAAUCACUACAGUAUCUGAGAGCGCAGCCGAAUCUCAACCCGCGGCAGAUACGUUGGCUGGACUACCUAGAAUCCAAUUUCACACCAUCUGCCCAACUCGCAGCAGCGUCUAUUACUUACGAAGCGGGAAUGAUCGAAUUUGGGUCCCAAGUUAUCAUCUACUUCGCGAAUUACUAAUUCAAGAAGUCCACGAUUCGAAUUUAUCGGGACAUUCCGGGGUUGAUAGAACUCUGAAGGCGUUGCAGCGGUUUUAUUACUGGCCAGAUAUGGUUACAGACGUGCAGCGUUACGUGGCCGCGUGUCCGAUCUGCCAGCGAAUAAAAUCAUCACACCAGCGAUCUACAGGACUGUUGCAGCCCCUCGAGCCACCUCAACGCCCAUGGCAACACGUAACGAUGGAUUUCGUUACGGGACUACCGGCCGGACCCAGCGGAAAUGACACAGUUUUUGUUGUCGUCGACCGAUUGACGAAAAUGGCGCAUUUCGCACCAUGUCGUACAACCAUCACAGCCGAAGAAACAGCGCGCCUGUUCAUCUCGACCGUUGUUCGUCUACAUGGGAUACCAGCAGCAAUCAUUAGUGACCGAGAUCCGAAGUUCACGUCAAAAUUCUGGCAGGACACGUGGGCUCGGUACGGCACGCGUCUACAAUUCCCAUCCGCUUAUCAUCCCCAAACGGACGGCCAGACUGAAAGGACAAAUCAAACGAUGGAGCAGUUGAUACGGACAAACUGCCCCGACCGAAAAAAAUGGGAAGACGUGCUGCCCAUGUUGGAAUUUUCCUACAACAACGCGUCCCCGGCUACGACUAAUCACUCCCCGUUUUAUCUCAAUUACGGGAUGGAUCCCACAGUACCCGUCUCCACCAACGUUGAGAGUCAAGUACCACGAUCGCAACAGUUCGUCGAAGAGUUACAGACUGCUCGAGACAAAGCUGUCGAACUUAUUCGCAAGGCGAGCGCAAUUGCCCGACGGUAUGCGGAUUUACAUCGACGGGAUAUUACCAUGGCAGCAGGGCAACUAGUCCUGUUGGACACCAAGAAUUUACGACUGCCACUACCGACAAAAUUACGACCACGCUUCUGUGGCCCAUUCAAGAUUAUGAAGAUGGGUUAGACUAGCUCUGGUGUUCCUAUAU